CUAUGAUAUGGUCGAGGCUUCACUGACGUGACUGCAGUGACAAGAUUUUUACUCCAAAAGAAAACAAUUUUACAGCUUCUGAGCUUACAGUUCAGUAUAAUUUAUUAUGAAGACCUCUAUGAAGAACCUACUCUGGCUGUUGCUAGUUGGACUAGCACUGUGUGUACUAAAGGCUCAUGCCCAACAAGGUACUAACUCAGGUACCAUCAUGCUUGAGAGCAGUGGGGGGACCAUCACCUCUCGCAGAGGGUGUUCUGAGACACUUCAGUGCACUGGAAUAGGCACAAGAAUGAGCUGGCGACGAUUCCGAAUCAGACAGGAUCUAGUCAACAAUACCGAAUACUACAUUGUGUUGGAAAGUGUACCAGUUGAAGGUGACACCACAGGUCGACUGUUCCAAUGGCAAAGCAAUCUGGUGUUUCCCGACUUGGACCCAGACAGCAGCAACCUCUACACAUGCAAUGUGUUUGAUGAUACGAUAGACUCUGUUCCUCAACUUGUCUCUGUGCAGCUGGACGUGAACCGAGAACCGGUUGUCAUAGAGCCAGCCAUUGACGAUAAAAUCAUCAGCUCUUACUAUGUUGGAGACACUCUCCUGGUUGGUUGUCCAGUGCAGACCUGUGCCUCGGGGAUCACUGUGCAGUUCUUAUUUAACGACACGAUUGUUGCCACGGGUAUGCCUAGCAGCACUGAUGAGCAGGUGUAUACAAUGAACUUACUUCUGAGUAUGGAGAGUGCCGGGAUGUACACGUGCAGAGUGAUCACAGACACACCCAGCUACCUGGUCCUUCAGUCCUUUAAUAUUACAGGUACCCCAAUGAUCCGCCCCACAUCUAGUCCUGGUGACAGUGCCCCAUUACCAGCACCAGCAUCACCAUCCCUUCCACCAGGUGUCACCUCAGGCCCCAGCACUACCCAGGGCAACGGUGCAGCUCACAUUGGCCCCACCCACUACCUACCACUCCUGCUCAUUCUAGCAGCCCUCCUGUGUGUAUACAGGUCCUAAGUCUCAAUCCAUGAAACUUGUUGUGUUGAACAUUUAUGUACGUUUUUAUUGCCAAUGGCCCUCCUGUGUGUGUACAGGUCCUGAGUCAAACCACAGGGUUACUAAUUAAUUUGUGUCUUAAAUUAAUUAUGUUUGUUGCUGCUCUACUUUUUGUACUGGUUGUGUGCACUCACCUCACUCCACCUCACACAUGCAUAAUUGUCAGGCUAACUCAUGUAUGACACCAGCUCAACUCGUUUUUUAUAACUGUAUAUACAUCACCAAUUAUUACAGAUUAUAAUUUAAUUUUGCACUUCUUUGAGAUAAUGAUUUGAUCAAUCUUC